UGGCGUGCACGCGCUGACUGUCGGGAUAGCGACCGGCCGGGCGUUUGGCUGGCGCGGGGCCUUGGCUGGCGGGCCGUGCACCCUACGUCUGAGACUGGGACCUGAGCGCUGAGGGUUCCAGCCCCGCCCCCGGCUUGGAGCCGGGCGGGGGCGGCCUCGGGGCGCUAAACCAGCGCUUUGAGAGCUUCCGGUGCGCCAGGCCCAGGGUGAGGCGGCCCUCGUGGGGCUCUCAGUCCACGCAGCGGAUGGACGGGACAAUGAAUGACAAGCUCGACAAUGAGAGCCUGAGGACAAUGGAGGGCUACGGCCAGGACAGCAGCAGUGCUCUGGGUAUCUCUGUAGCCCCAACCUCUCACGAGGAGAAGAAGGAAGAACAGGGGACUGGGACACCUGCUGAGUCAGGGCCUCAGUCUGGGCUCUACAACUACAUCAGGGACGACUUGUUCACUUCUGAGAUCUUCAAGUUGGAGCUGCAGAACGUGCCACGCCAUGCCAGCUUCAGUGAUGUCCGGCGCUUUCUGGGACGCUUUGGCCUGCAGCCCCAUAAAACCAAACUCUUUGGCCAACCUCCUUGCGCCUUUGUGACAUUCCGCAGUGCUGCUGAGCGGGACAAGGCCUUGCGUGUGCUGCACGGUGCCCUCUGGAAGGGCCGCCCUCUCAGCGUGCGUCUGGCCAAGCCCAAGGCGGAUCCCAUGGCCAGGAAGAGACAGCGUGAGGAUGAGGGUGAGGCACCAGCCACAAGCGUGGCUGACGUAGUGACCCCUCUUUGGACUGUGCCCUAUGCGGAGCAGCUUGAUCGGAAGCGGCUUGAGUGUGAACAGGUGCUGCAGAAGCUCGCCAAGGAAAUUGGGAAAACCAACCGUGCCCUGCUGCCCUGGCUGCUCUCGCAGAGGCAGAAGCACAGCAAAGCCUGCUGCCCACUGGAGGGGAUCAUGCCGUCGCCCCAGCAGACCGAGUAUCGUAACAAGUGUGAGUUUCUGGUGGGAGUCGGGGUGGACGGGGAGGACAACACUGUCGGCUGCCGGCUGGGAAAGUACAAGGGCGGGACAUGUGCUGUUGCGGCCCCCUUUGACACCGUGCACAUCCCCGAGGCCACCAAGCAGGUCGUGAAGGCCUUCCAGGAGUUUAUCCGGUCUACUCCGUAUUCGGCAUACGAUCCAGAGACGUACUCAGGCCACUGGAAGCAGCUGACCGUGCGCACCAGCCGCCGAGGCCAAGCCAUGGCCAUUGCCUACUUCCAUCCUCAGAAACUGAGCCCCGAGGAGCUGGCAGAGCUGAAGGCCUCGUUGGCACAGUACUUCACAGGGGGGCCGGGCAAAGCCAGUGGGGUGACCUGCCUCUACUUCGUGCAGGAGGGGCAGCGAAAGACUCCCAGCCAAGAGGGCCUGCCCCUGGAGCACAUAGCUGGGGACCGGUACAUCCAUGAAGACCUGCUGGGGUUGACCUUCCAGAUCUCCCCUCACGCCUUCUUCCAGGUGAACAGCCCGGCUGCUGAGGUGCUCUACACAGUCAUCCAAGACUGGGCCCAGCUGGACUCGGAGAGCACAGUGCUGGAUGUGUGCUGUGGCACCGGCACCAUUGGCCUGGCCCUGGCCCAGAAGGUGAAGAGAGUUGUGGGGAUUGAGCUGUGCCAGGAGGCCGUGGAGGAUGCCCGGGUGAAUGCCCACAACAAUGAGUUGAGCAAUGUCGAGUUCCACUGCGGGAGGGCUGAGGACCUGGUGCCUGCCCUGGUGAGCAAACUGGCCUCCCAGCAGCUCAUUGCCAUCCUGGACCCACCCCGUGCUGGCCUGCAUUCCAAAGUGAUCCUGGCCAUCCGCAGAGCUGAGAAUCUCAAGCGUCUCCUGUAUGUCUCCUGCAACCCCCGGGCGGCCAUGGGCAACUUUGUCGACCUCUGCAGAGCCCCAUCUAACCGGGUGAAGGGCACCCCCUUCCGGCCAGUCAAGGCUGUGGCCGUGGACCUGUUCCCGCAGACACCACAUUGCGAGAUGCUCAUCUUGUUCGAGAGAGUGGAGCACCCCAAUGACACAGAGACCCUGGAGCCCCAGGACCCUCCUGCCCAGCACUCACCAGGGCCCCCUGGUGAUACCCAGCAGGAAGCUGGGUUCUCCCCUCCUUCCUAGGCCCUGGAGCAAUGGAAACCAGCCCUUCCGCAACAGGGCUCAGUCUGCAUCACAUCACGGGCACACACCAAGUGGCUCAAGUCCUUGCCUCACCUGGAAACGCCAUGGGGCAGUAACCAACAUGGCCUAAGACCCAGCUGUCCUGCCUAGGGCAUUCCUGUCCCUGUGGCCAUAGUUCCUGUACCCUGGGGACACAUACAUUACACACACACUCCUGUUCUCUUUGGACCAGUUGGGCCACAAUGGCCAGAAUAAACAACUGCUGAACUAUC